AUGCCAUUGUUAUAUUCAUCUCCUUCUUAUCAUCAAAUUUCUCCAUUAACACACAGUUCAUCUACAACUAUUCGAAGAUCUGCUUCCUAUGCAUCACCAUCAAAAUUAUCAUCAUCAGGAUUUACAAUUCCAUCUGCAGGUUAUGGAAGUGGAUUUAUGGGUAGAAGUAUAGCUCGAUCUGGAAGUUCUAUUUUUGGAAGAAGUUUAACUUCAAAUGCUUUAUCACGUAUACCACCAUUACAUUCUAUUGGUGUACAAAGUAGUACACCACAUUACUCUGAUAAAUAUCCAUACAUAAGAUAUUCAUAUGGUAAUAACAAUGCUACUUAUACUUUAUCAUCAACAACUGAUUUUUCACUUCCAUCACAUCGUUCAUCAAUUCAAAAUUUUGGUAGUAAACGAUAUGCUGAAGGUCGUGUUUCUUCUUACAAUCCUGGACUUUAUUCAACACGUUCCAAAUCAACAUCAUACUUAGAAAGAGGAGUAACACCACAAAGACCAUAUGUUCGUUACAUGCCAAUGGAAGAUGCAAUGUCAAUGUAUAAAAAAGGAUGUAUGACUGUUGGAACAUUAUCAAAAUACUGGCUUAGUCCAAGUUCCUGGCAAUCAAGACGAGAAAAAGAAUUAAAUUUAUCUUCUAGUUUAAGUCAUGGAAAUUAUUCAUAUUCAAGUAGAUAUACUGCACCAUCUUAUUCCAGAUUUGCACAAAGAUUAAGAGGAUAA